AUUUCCUAGAGCGCUCCUGCCCGUCGGGCCGGCCCGGAGCCGAAGCCAGUAUGGCCAGUCUGGAGCCAUGGACUUGGGUGCUGCUGCUGUUGCUGCUGCUGCUCGCGCUGCCGCUGCUGAGUCGAACUGCCAACUUCUAUUUCAGGAUCGGCUCCUACUGCGUGUUAUGCGUGGUGUUCUCCGCGGUGGCCUGCGUGGUCUGCGUCCUGUGCCAUGGGGGCCGCACUGUGCGCAACAUGAGUAUCAUCAAGAGGUUUGUCCGAAUUUUUAAGUACUUUUAUGGGAUUCAGUUUGAGACGUACGGUGAAGAGAAACUGCAUGAUGACAAGCCAUGUGUCAUCAUCUCCAACCAUCAGAGCAUCCUGGAUAUGAUGGGUCUGAUGGAGGUACUCCCAAGAAACUGCAUCCAGAUUGCCAAGCGGGAGCUGUUUUACAUGGGCCCUGUGGGCCUAAUCAUGUAUCUUGGAGGUGUCAUCUUCAUCAACAGAAAGCGGACAAGCGCGGCCAUGUCAGCAAUGGAGGAGGUGGGAAACACCUUGGUUCAGGAGAAUCUGAAAGUGUGGAUUUAUCCUGAGGGAACGCGGAAUGAAAGUUAUGACCUUUUGCCGUUCAAGAAGGGUGCCUUUUAUCUGGCUGUCCAGGCCCAGGUGCCAGUCAUUCCUGUGGUGUAUUCGUCAUUCUCUUCCUUUUACCAUCCAGAGAAGAAAAUCUUCACAUCAGGGAAGAUCAAAGUAGAAGUGCUGGAUCCAAUCAAGACAGAAGGCCUGACAGUGACUGACAUCCCAAAGUUGCUAGAGACCUGCCAUUCUGUCAUGAGAGAGACAUUUUUCAGACUAUCUAACAAGCCAAAUGAAAAUGGGACCAAUGGGCCAACCUCACAACCUAUGCAGUAGCCCUAGGCACCAUCCCCCACCCGUCUGCUCAGGGUGAGAGGAUGAACAGAGACACCUCCCUUUCCUGUUGCCAAAUGUCAUGGUUUCUGCCUCUGCUGGGCUUUCAUUCUGGGUCACCUUCUCCAAAGGCCCUCUUCAUACCAUCUUUCUUUGGGCAUUCCUUUCCUUGUCAUCCAUGGAUGUGGUUUCUACACUAUGCCUUCAUCCCCACAAUUGGGCCCCGAGACAUCCUCUCUUUUAUCUCACAAGCUGAGCAAUGAAGUCCUGUGCUGUGAGUGACCCUUACUAACAGAACCAGAUUACCAUCUCUCUGGUGUUUGAGAUCUUGUCCAGGUGAAUGAAUGACUUUUGGGAAGAAAGGGGUGAAGCCACCUCUCUUCUGGGGGCUGUGUGGUCUCACUCAGCACUGAAGUUUAACAUCCUACCCCUAUCAUCCUUACUUUGCCUACUGGUGUCCAGCUCAGGUAUUAGGAACAAACUUUUCCAGGCUGCCAUUGGCACAGCAAGUAUGAAAAUGCCCAACUUUCUACUUCCUUGUUCUCUGAGCCUUUCUAUCUCUUACUGCUCAAAUCCUGGCACUCUGGGGAGCUACAAAAAAAUCCCUCUGGAUGGACAGGCAGCCUAUGCUGCUGGCAAAGGCCAAGACCCUCUUUAAUGAUGCCUGAGUUCCCAGAGACCUAAAAUUAGAGGUGGCACAGCCAUGUCUCUGAAAUCCUUGCCCAAUUAUUCCUGGAACCUGGGUGGAUGGUGGUGAAGAGGUAUCUGUUUUAUGUUAGCACUCUUACAGCAACAGGCCAGGGCACACUGAGUUCAGAAUGCUUUCCUUGUGUCUAAAGAGACCCUGUUCCUUAGACUGUGAUCAAGGAGAGCAGGGAGAGAAUGGACUGAGCAAUGAGUUCUCUCCCUUCCAUGACCCAGGAGAGCUGGGCAGGCCCUCAAACCAUCAGCCUAGUUGUUAGAGACAUGAGGCCUUUGGAAGUAGUGGUACGGUAGAGAAGCUGGCCCUCUUGAGUACUAAAACAAGGAAGAGCUCCCCAUAUCUAGUGGGGUUGUUGGGGGUGGGGAUAGCUUGGGAAGAAUCCCAAGCUAACUUUAGUCAGCUGGUCAUAGGAGAUAAACUGAUGAGUUCACUGACUUUCUCUUGUGCUAAGUCUAGCUUGGUACCCCAGAGGGAACAAAGUCCAGACCUUUGCUAGGGCUACAAUGGUGGCUUCCCUGUCAGACUGCCCCUGUCAGAUGGGUCCCGAGGAGCAAGUUUGGGGAGAUGCACUCAGGCCAAAUGUUCCCUUCGAUCUGGGAUUUCCAGGCAGUCUUUGGGGGCCAGUCUUUCAGGCUGAGGGAGGAAGGCAGGGCUGGUACUCUGGGUCUUUGCUGCUCAUGUUUCACAGAGGUCCUCCAGAGCUCGACAUCCCUCGUCUCUUUAUCAGUGUUUACAGAGAAGAGAAGAAGGAUGGGAGUGGCCUGAUUAUCAUGGGGAGAGAAAGUUAGAGCAUCUUGCUCUAAGUAACAUAUUAAAUCCAAUAGCACUUUUACUGAGGGGAGAGGGGAAAGCCAGAGGAAUUGGGGAGGAUGAAAAGGGAUCCUGGGGUCUCUGCAGCUCUGGGAGAACAGCAAAUGGGGUCCAUGGCUGCCUAGUGGGCUUCUGUUGGAAAAGUGCCUCUGCUGGUCAAGUCUAGUUUUGUGAAAAAUGUAUGUUUGAUCUAAAUUGCACAAUUUUUGUUUUUCAUAAAGCAGUUAUUUGAAAAGCU